AUUCGUUGUGCCUGUGUCUUCUUAAUUCAAUUGCGUUAAUCCUGGAAUUCCUAAUUCAUACGACAAUUAGAAUACUAUAUUGGCGUCGUCAUGGAACCUGCAAUGGAAAAGUUGGAUAUUCAUUCAACUCCUGAAGCUAUUGAGGAUUAUUUGGAAAGGUUCGAAAUUUGGAGCAUGAUCAAGAAAGAUGUUAAAGGUGAGAAAAUUGUGGCACAUUUUCUGACAUUCAUUGGGAGGGAAGCGUACAGCUUAUUAAAAACUUUGGCAUAUCCAGAAAAACCUAUCUCACUCCCUUAUGCAACUCUUAAAGAGCUAUUAUUAAGUCAUGUAAAAUGCACCAGUUUUGAAUGCCGUGAAAGGGCGAAGUUUCAUAAGAUGAUUCGUCAAAAUGACCAAAAGGCUCGGGAAUUCAUCCUUGAAUUACAGAAACAAGCUGCCAAGUGUAAUUUCGGUGAUCAACUUCAUGUGCAACUGAGAGAUCGAUUAAUUGCAGGAAUUAACAUACCGAGUUUGGAAAGAGGGCUGUUAAAAAUGCCAAACUGUUCCUUUCAAGAUGCUAGAACUGCGUGUAUUAACUACGAAGCAGUCAAUGAACUUGAUAUCCAGUCGAUGAAGAUUUCUAAUACUUUGCUUAGUCGUCAUGAUGAACUACAAUCUCAGGGUCAAUCAAACUUGCGUUCAUUUAACAGUGAUUCCUAUUCUCGUGUAAAUAUGAAAGGUGUUUCAACGAGGAAUUACAAACCAAAUCACAAAGGUGAGAUGAAGUUUGGUAAAUGUUUAUCAUGUGGAAAGUUUCAUGCUCGCAAUUCAUGUGUUACAUGUGUGAGUGUCGAUCUUACCAGUUGUGCUUUCUUGUUAAUUGCCAAGAAUGAUGUAUCUUUUCAUCAACCAAAUGAUACAAGAAUUAAACUUAAGUAGCGAGAGCAGACGAUUUUGGUUUGCUAGGUGAAUCGAGAACUGAUUCAGUUUAGGAAUCCACAUGCUAGCAUUAACAGUAUGUUUGAUUUCCUACUUAAACUAAAUUCGAGAUGAAUACCAUCUACAACUCAUUGUAUAUCGAUAAUAUAUUUAUCUGAUCACAAAUACUUAUAUUACUUAUCAAAUUUUCGGUCCCUUCUAUUAUUGGUCGUAGAAUACACAGUAAGAAUUGAUAUUUACAUUCCAUUCGCUUUUUAAGCAACGUUGUUAAGUUAUUAGUAAGAAAACUUUAUACUCAUCAUCUCAUUUAAUUUCAAAUAUCAACCUUUAAACUAUCUAUUUUGUAAAGUUACUUCUACCUAAUGAGAUCUAACUCAUACCCCUCAUAUUUAACAAUAAGUAUAAUAACCAAUUUUAUUAGCUUCUAUAAGGAUCACCAGUUGCUUGAAGAAUGCAAACGGAUUUGUAUGUUAAAAUUACAAGUUGAGAUUACAAAGAUAUACUUCUUUUCAAUUAGUUUCUUGUCAUGGUUCUACACUGGUGUUGAAGUGGAUCUCUACAAUCAGACGAAUACAUAUUCAUAUUUCUUAACACAUAUUAUUUCAAACGAUCAUUUAUGAUUAGUGAAUUACACUUUUGUUCCAGUCACUUUUGAGCACAUACUUUAUGACUUCAUGUCAGUUUGUGGAGACAGCAUUAUUCUCAUUGUUUAUAUGAACAGCUGAAAUAUUCUGGAAGAUUACAAACGAGCUGAAUGUAAUGAUAGUCUUUUUAGUAUGAUGCUCGUCAUCAGUGUGAAUACACCGACGUGUAGCCUGCACUGGUAUCCAAUUAUCUCGAGCUCGAUUGAGAUCGAUCAAUUUCUAGACCAGUGAGUAUGCAUCGUAAACUAUACACGUCUAACUUCGAUUAAUUUGUGGAUUUGUGAAACAUUCCAUGCAUCAUGUUAGGCUGAUAUUUAUCUCAUAAUCGACACAUAUUUCACUCCAUUGUUCACGACUUCUGAUGAAUGCAUUUCUGUUGGCUACAUUUUCAAUUUCCUCAGUAAUGUGCUCAACAUAAAUAUCAGUUCUUGAAUUUUGUCAAAUAUGGAUUUCGUUCUCAUUUUACUUGACUGUGCUUUGUUCAUUUUACUUUCAUAAAUUAUCAUCAUUCUUUGCACUGUACUUUCUAUUUUGUUUGAGCUUUGUCAAUGUUUCUUCUCAUCUCUAUUGCUUACAGCACACUAAUCUGUUAUAGCCGAGCGAAGAUUAAAUCACGAGUAACUUCUGAGACAUAUUAAUUGACUACUAUGCUCAGUUUAUUGACUACUGUCUCCCACGUUUACAGUCACUUUUUGGCUUUAUUGCGUACAAAUGUUAUUUCCUAUUUUAUGGUGCAUUGCGGUCUGUUUGGUGGAUAUAUAAACCGAGUAUGUUUGAAAUAAAUCAUCCAUAUUGCAGAAGUUGGUAUUGUGUUCUGGACUCAAGCGGACGGGCUAAGCGGACAAUAGGACCAAUAAGGGCGCUAGGCUGCUCAUACCGGUCGAACAUCAUUGGUUUGGCAUAGGGCUAAGAUUGUAUAAGUCGUAUUUUGAUUGUUGGAUAAAUCACGUGAUUAAAGCCGGACAUAAAUUCAUAACAUAAACCUACAUGCUUUUGAUUUUGCACUAGAUCGGUAGAUAUUUUACCGCUUAACUGGCAUCCAACUUAUUUCUUGUCCGGUUUAUAUGAACUUUCUUUGAUGUAUAAGAUAUACUUUUCUACCUAAUAAAUAUUUUGUUUUCUUUAUCAUAUUUCACACAUUUGGUUUGUAAUAUGCUCAGGCAUUUGAACUUUUGUGUUUGUUUAUCUUUCUACACAUUGUUUUUAUUAAGAUUAUUCUGUUUUGUAUAAUUUGAUAGUUUAGCACUAUCUACUUUACCAUUUAGUUUUAUAGAUCAAUGAUCUUAAUAAAUUUUUAUGUGAUGGAAUUUUUGAAAUCCAUAGAGCUAAUAUAUCACGGUGUUCUGCUAAUAUCUGUUUUUCUAUCACAUUGUUUCUGUCUAUUGACGAGACUCGAUUCUCCGUUGCAAAUUCAAGACCUGAUACGAUGGGUGGCAAGUUCGACUUGUGGUGAUUUCUUAGGUGAUGCACUUUGAACUGCCACAUAAUUAGAUGAUUCUAGGAAUCUUAUGAGCCUCGCUUUGACCAUUCUCAUCAAUCAUUUCGAUAAGAUACUCUCAUUUCAGCUAAUUCUGUGUAACGUCUAUCCUGAUCAACUUAACGCCUUUGAGUCAAACUCUUCUCAUUUAUUGAAGAUUCAGCAUCACUUUAUUCAAUUCAGUGAUCGCUCCAUGUAUCAAAAUUAGUAUCACUUCUGGAGCAAUAACAGGUGAUUGUGCAAGCAGAUGUUUCAAAAAUUGUCUGACUGUUUUAUAACUAGUUGAAUGGUCCAUCAUAAUACAUACUGUAACGAGACCGCAAGUUCUCGAAU